AUGGUUGCUCAAACUAAAACAAUAUAUGCACUAACUACAACCACAACUGCUGCAAAAACAACCACAGCUGGACCAAAAACCUCAGCGGCUCCAACAACUACAGCUUCCUUUACAACAACCACAGUUGCUGCAACAACAAAAGCAGCUGCACUAACUACAGCCACAACUGCCCCAGCAUCAACCACAGCUGCUGUAACAAACACCACAGCUACCCCAACAACAUCAGCCACAUUAGUUGCCCCAACUACAACCACAUCUGUUCCAUCAACAACCACUGCUUUCGCAAUAAUCACAGCAGCUCAAAAAAUAACCACAGCCUCUCCUAAAUCAACCACAGCUGCCCCAACAACUACAGCAGCUACAACAACAACCACAGCUGCUCCAACAUCCACUUUAAUAGCUCCAGCAUUGACCACAGCAACUACAAACUCAACCACAAGUGCUCCAUCUGCAACAACAGCAGCCCAAACAGUAACCUUGAAGAUUACAACAACAAGUACAGACUUUGCUGCACCAACAACAGUAACCACAAGAUUCUCAGAAACAGAAAAAAUAACAACAGCAGCCCCAACAACAAUAACAUCUCCGCCAGCAACAACCACUGCUAAUCCAACCACUGCAACAGCAUCACAAACAACCACAGCAGCUUCAACUACAUCAACACAACCUACUACAACAUAUACAGCAGCCCCAACACAUACAGUUGCUCAAACAACAGCCACAGCCUCUCCAUCAACCAUUACAUCAAGCACAUUAUUUCCAACAACAGCAAAUAUUACCACGACAGCUGUUCCAAAAACAACCACGUCUAAUCCAACCACGAAAACAUCAUCCUCAACCAACACGGCUGCUUCAUUAACAACCACAUCUCCAACAGCCACAACAAUAAACACAGCAGCUACAACAACACCUUCAAAAGUCCUAACCUUAACUACAGAAGUCCAAGCAUUCACCACAGGAACUACAACAACAACCACCACAGGAACCUCAGAGACAGAAACAGCAAAAGCAACUACAGUAGCCCCAAUAGGGACUAUAGCAGUUUCUGUUCCCACAAUAAUCAAUACUCCUAGUACAACCACAGCACCCUUAGCAGCCCUAAAUGUCCCAACUAGCACUGCUUCACCAACAACUGCUGCAGUUUCAGCAAUAUUAACAGGCCUGACAACUGCCCAAACAGUCAAAACAACAACCACAGCUUCCCCAGAAGCAAUCGUUGCAGUUCUAACUAUGACAACUGCAGCUCAAAGAGCAACCACAGGAACCACUACAGCAGCUCCGUCAACAACUGCAAUUUCUCUAACAAAAGCUACUGCACCCCCAUCAACAAUUACAUCUAAUACGACCUCCAAAAUUGUUCCAUCAGUUUCGAUAACCAUACCUACCACCAACACUGCAGCCCACACACAAAUUUCAGUAUCUACUACAAUUACUACAGUUACUUCAGAAACUACCCCACCUACUGUGACAACUAAGACCUCUACAACACAAGCCCCUGCUUUGGUCUUCAUUGCUUCAGCCACUAUGGUAGAACCAUAUGUUCCAGAGUUAAGCGAUAAGAACAGCGUGCAGUUUCAUGCUCUUGAAAUAAAAGUGAUACUAACUUUUACAGCCAUCUACAAGUCUAAAUAUGGGCAUCUCUUCAUCAGUUGCUAUAUCAUUGAUUUUAAACCAGCUCAACAAAUCACAAUACGAAUGAAUGGUACUGAAGUGGAUGUUGGCCUGGUGUUUAACAACACAGUACAAACUGAGCUAGUCCCAGCAGCUAAAGAUGUUGAACAAACCUUACUGGAAGCUGCAACUAAUACCAACCUCACCUUCAAUGUCACCUUUCAACCUUCCACAAUCCAAGUAAUAGAUGCACCUCGCACAACAACUGUCACCCCAACUGCAAAGGAUACAACCACCAUUGCUACAAAUGCAACACUAAAUGUGACAUCUACCACUGCUACAAAUCCAAAUGCAAACACUACCGCUACUGCAAACAUUGCAUCAACUGCAUCAUCACCUGCUACCAUUGUUGGAACAACUAUACCAAGAACAAUUUCAACUGCUGCUACUACUACCGCCAAGGUUACACCAAUAACCACUUCUACAACCAGCACCACAACUACUACAACUGCUGAGCCAACAACAACAAGGCGGCUGACCUUCAGAUCUGCUAGGGAAACAUUUAUCACUGAUCUGGGAAAUCCAUCAUCUGCAGCAUUUAAAAAGCGAGCUGCACUAGUAAAGGCAAAUCUUGAACCAUACUACCAACAGCCAUAUCCCACAUUCCGCUCACUAACUGUGGUCUCGUUCAGCAAUGGAUCAAUCAUCAACGAUGUCGACCUUCUAUUUGCCACAAAAUUUGUGCCCAAUAUAACAGAAAUUGGAAGACUUUUGAUUUAUGCAGCACCCAACGUCACUGACUUCAACAUUGACCUUAGUUAUAUUUAUGUGGAUGGCAUACAAAUAUCAGGAGGGGUCAUUCACCAGAUCAGCCUCUUGACCGCAGCCUGCAUGCUGUUGUUGUCAUGGCUACUGUCAAGCUAGCAAUAGCAUAUCUGCCGAUUUGAUGUUGAAAAUCCUAAUAAAAAUUUUAAAGUUUG